AUGGAUAUGGACGACAAAAGCCUUGAUUUUCCGGAUGCCCCUGGAGCCACCAAUGUGGGCUUCGAUUCAACGGAAUCAGGAUCAGAUUCACAAUCAAGUGACAAACGUGAUGAGGUACAGGAGAUCCGAAAUCAAUCUCGUACCGAAGAUCGUCGCGUCGAUCUGUGGCGGUGGACGCUUCUUUUUCUAAUUAUGGCAGUCGGUGUUGUAAUCACUGCUCUUACAUACUACUUCCUGCAGCAAGAGGAACAGAAAGCCCUCAAUAUUGCGUAUGAUCAGUUCUCCGAGGCACUUUCGGACGCUGCCAUCCGGCAACAAGACGACAUUCGUGAUGCCUGCCGUACCUUUUCAACAGUCAUUUCCGAUCAAGCAGCUGAAACCAAUCAGACAUGGCCCUUUGUGGCUUUGCCAAAUUUCGAGUCAUUAGCAGUGAAUUUCCGCAAGAUCUCGGGCACAGAGAUCUUUACAUUGUUUCCCACUGUCACACGAGCAAAUACUGACGCCUGGUUGAACUAUGCCGACCAGCAACAUGUGCCAAUGGUGAAACAAAGUCACAUGUUGAAAUACAAGACCCUGGACAAUCUCAAGGAAGUUGGCUACAAGUCAUAUUUCCAGAGAGCCUCACCCAAUGGAUUCGUCCCAGAUAUUGACCGAGACGUCUAUCACCCAACGUGGCAGUUUUCACCCCCCAUGUUCUCAUAUGGAGCUCUCAAUUGGAACGUCUUUAGUCUUCCCGACCUUGGUGCUGUGUUUGAUGCAGUCAAGGUUUUGAAAAACGAGUCCCUGGUAUCGGGAGUCCGACCAUAUGCUGCUGCUUCACUGUCAUUCACCGACGAAGAACAUGCUCGUAUGCACAGCGAGAUUGAAGGAUCUUCCACCGAAUUUCCACACAGCUUCAUUUACACUCCGGUUCAUCUGGAUUCGCAAGACUCCAACAGUCCCAUUGUUGCAGCCAUUGGUGCCGCGAUGGCCUGGGACUUCUCCCUUCGUACUCUUUUGCCAGCUGGAGUGGUUGGAAUUCAAGCGGUGAUCAAGAAUUCCUGCAACCAAAGCUUUACAUAUGAGAUUAGUGGAUCAGAUGCCUACUACGUUGGUGAAGGUGACCUGCACGACGAAGAGUUCAACUAUUACGAGCGCGUUGUCAGAUUGUCACGAAAUAGCCACCCUUACACUGAAUCGACAGAAGGACACUGUCUAUACUCCAUGCAUCUGUAUCCAGACUCCAAGUUUGCAAGCCUGUACCUGACGGCAGCGCCUCUUCUAUUUGCAAUUGGGGUGGCUGGGGCUUUCGGGUU